AGAUCGGAUUACAAGAUGGCGGUCUCUGGAUGAUAGUGAAGAGGCCGUCGUAGUUGUUGUGUUUUCAACGGUGAAUUGUACAGUUAGAUAGCUAGAAAUCCGGCAUUCUGCGGGGAAAAUAAUCAUCAUCGUAAUAUGCUCGUGAAUUAGCUUUACGUUUUAGCACAUUAUUGCAAAACAUGCGGGUAGAAACAAAGUUUGAAGUUCGGGGAUAAGAAAAUAGCUAGGCAACUAUUUGAAAUAGUGAACUAGUGGCUAGCUAACGUUAGAUUGUUAGCUUUUCCGUUCAAGUAACCAUGUCGGAUACUCGGCGGCGUGUGAAAGUAUAUACGCUGAAUGAAGACCGACAGUGGGAUGAUAGGGGCACAGGACAUGUCUCGUCUACCUUUGUCGAACGACUGAAGGGAAUAUCAUUAUUAGUUCGGGCCGAAUCCGACGGCUCACUUCUCCUGGAGUCUAAAAUCAGCCCAAAUACUGCAUAUCAGAAACAACAAGACACCCUGAUUGUGUGGUCAGAAGCAGAGAACUAUGAUCUGGCCCUGAGUUUUCAGGAAAAAGCUGGCUGCGAUGAAAUCUGGGAAAAGAUAUGUCAGGUGCAAGGGAAAGACCCUGCGCUGGAGAUCACCCAGGACCCCAUCGAUGAGUCUGAGGAGGAGCGCUUCGAGGAGAUGCCAGAGACCAGCCACCUAGUGGAGCUGCCUCCAUGCGAACUGGCCCGGCUAGAGGAGAUCGCUGACCUUGUGACCUCUGUCCUGUCCUCGCCCAUCCGCCGGGAGAAGCUGGCCCUGGCCCUUAUGAGCGAAGGUUACAUGAAGAAGCUGCUGCAGCUCUUCCAGGUGUGCGAGGACCUCGACAACCGGGAGGGCCUACACCAUCUGUAUGAGAUUAUACGUGGAGUGUUGUUCCUCAACAAGGCGGCUCUAUUCGAGGUCAUGUUCUCGGACGACUGUAUCAUGGAUGUGGUUGGCUGUCUGGAGUUUGAUCCGUCGCUGGUGCAGCCUAAAAAGCACCGGGAGUUCCUCACCAAGACGGCCAAGUUCAAGGAGGUAAUCCCCAUCACGGACUCAGAGCUGCGGCAAAAGAUUCACCAGACGUACCGGGUGCAGUACAUCCAGGACAUCAUCCUGCCCACACCUUCUGUCUUCGAGGAGAACUUCCUUUCCACCCUCACAUCCUUUAUUUUCUUCAACAAGGUGGAGAUAGUCAGCAUGCUGCAGGAGGAUGAGAAGUUCUUAACUGAAGUCUUUGCACAGCUAACAGAUGAAGCGACAGAUGACGGUAAAAGGCGGGAACUAGUGAACUUUUUCAAAGAAUUUUGUGCUUUUUCACAAACCUUGCAACCGCAAAAUAGAGAUGCUUUCUUCAAGACUCUGGCGAAUCUAGGCAUUCUUCCUGCUCUUGAAAUAGUCAUGGGUAUGGAUGACCUGCAGGUGAGGGCUGCAGCCACAGAUAUCUUCUCCUAUCUGGUGGAGUUCAGCCCCUCCAUGGUCCGGGAGUUUGUUAUGCAGGAGCCACAGCAGACUGAUGAUGAUGUGCUGCUGAUCAACGUGGUGAUAAAGCAGAUGAUCUGUGACUCGGACCCUGAGUUGGGUGGUGCUGUGCAGCUUAUGGGGCUUCUACGCACAUUGAUCGACCCAGAGAACAUGCUGGCCCCCACCAAUAAAACAGAGAAGACUGAGUUCCUCAGCUUCUUCUACAAGUACUGCAUGCAGGUCCUCACAGUCCCUCUAUUGGCCAGCACUGUAGAUGAGAAGAACUGUAAAGAUCUGCAAGAGGGGUCCACCAAGAUCAACCCAGUGUGUCCUGAUAAUUUCCAGACAGCCCAACUCCUGGCUUUGAUACUGGAGCUGCUGACGUUCUGUGUAGAGCACCACACGUACCACAUAAAGACCUACAUUAUGAACAAGGACCUGCUGCGACGAGUUCUGGUGCUAAUGAACUCUAAACACACCUUCCUUGCGCUGUGUGCUCUGCGCUUCAUGAGGAGGAUAAUUGGGCAGAAGGAUGAGUACUACAACCGCUACAUUGUCAAAGGGAACCUGUUUGAGCCAGUCAUCAACACUCUGCUGGACAAUGGAACUAGAUACAACCUCCUAAACUCAGCCAUCAUUGAACUCUUUGAGUUCAUCAAAGUGGAGGAUAUCAAGUCCCUCAUAGCACACAUUAUAGACAACUACUACAAAGCACUUGAAUCCAUUGAAUACGUCCAGACUUUUAAGGGCUUGAAGGGCAGAUAUGAGCAGGAGAAGGACCGACAGACUCUGAGACUCAACAGCAGAUAUCGUAGGGAUGCCCGAACGCUGGACGAGGACGAGGAUGAGGAAAUGUGGUUCAAUGAAGAUGGUGAGGCUAUUGAGAAAAGCAGGCCUGAGGAAGAGUUCCCAGAGAGCUAUGGAAAGUAUAUGGAAGCAAAAAAAGUUAAAGAGAGUGACAACAAAGAGAACUUCCCAAAGCGGACCCCAACUGGCAGCUUUAAGUUUACCUUCUCUCAUUCUGCAGGGGCUGCCAACGGAACCAACGGUGCCAACUGCAAGCCAGCCACCUCGCCCACCUCUGCCGCCAGUCCCAACGGCUCCCCCGCCAAGUCGGCAACGCCACCCGCCACCCCGGUAGUCAAGACUGCGAUGGUCGGCCUUGUAGACUACCCUGAUGAUGAAGACGAGGACGACGAAGAUGAAGAGCAGUCCCCACGGAAACGGCCCCGUCUGGGCUCAUAAGCCAGUGAAGUCCUUUGGUCUUGGUCCGCUGUGCCACUGUCACAGUCCACUGGACAGAGACCACUCCCGCCUACCCUCCCAGCCUGCUCCUACGCCCCCCUUCCUGGCCUGUGGACCAGAGAGGUUGAUCAGUGCCAAGGUUUCUCUGAUGCUCCGGCAGGGACGCAGCACUUCACGCAAACCUCAGCCGCGAUACAAAAGGGGGAGCAGGGGCUAAUGGGAGAGCCAGUCAGGCUAGCAGGACUAGCCGCUUAGUAAUGGAAGCUUGAUUGGCUGACCCCAUAGAACUGUUAAUUUGGGUUGGGUGGAGAGAACUAGGCAAAAUGAGGGUUAACAAAAAAAAACUAACCAACAGAAAACAAAGUUGCUUAGUUCCGAGGAGCAGGACUCAACCGUCGAAGCUGGGGCUGCAUCGCCGAGGCUCACACACACCUACAUCAGCGAGGAGUCCUGUAUUCAUGAGUUUAUUAAAAGUACUGUACAGUUAUUUUUCUUUUUAAUAAUUUGCCCCUUAAGUGAUUUUAAAAGGGUAGAGCUAUACCUGCCAGUGUAUUGCUUUUGCACAAAUGGUGGGAUCACUGUUCACCCUUUUAAUUCAAUUAUUUGAUUCAUUGUAUAAAGCAAGAGUUGCAAUGCUGGUUUUAAAAUAACAUGUAUUAAACGGCAGUAAAGUCAUUUUUGCAGCCCACUGAGAA